AUGUCGACAAUAUCACCAACUCUGUCAACUCGAGAAGAUCAUCAUCAUCAUCAUCAGUCAAGUAGUCAUCAAGUAGGUGAAGGAGACAAUGAUGAUGGUUGCGGAUUCACAUUCAAUGAUAAUGAUCUUACAACCAAUGAAAUCAAUGAAUUAUAUUCUUACACAGAACUACUGUUAUACAAGAAACUAGAUUUAUUCAAUCUAUUAAAUAAUGAUCUUUAUUCAUGUAACAAGAAUGAAAUGAAAUGGAAUCAAUUAAAAGAGAAUGAUAAAUUGGAUUAUAUUCAAGGUCUGUUGAGUCAAUUGGAAUUGUCAGCUGGAUCAAACAAGACUGAUGAACCGUAUCAGAGAUAUCUAUUGAAAUCAAGAUUACUCAUGUUUAUAGCUCAAGGAGCAAUCGAUUACUCUCAAAUCACUAUUCAAACCGUUCAAUCAUCUCUUCAAGCAUCAUAUAACAAUUGUAAAUUACUCAGAGCUUCAAAUGCACUCCCUAUUCUUUUAAAAUCUUUAUUAAUGGCUUCAAAAAUGUCAUUAUCACAUAUUCAAAAAAAUCAAUCACCUCCUCAACAAGAUACAAGUAACCUUUUAUCAGUACCAAAACAACAACAACAAUCUCAACAUCAAAGAGGUGGAGGUGGUGCAGGAGGAGGAGGAAACACAUUAAAACAACAAUUAAACAAUAGUAAAAAGGCUGAUGCAUUAAUGAACUCAUUGUUAAAUACAAUCUAUCUAAUGAUUGUUGCACAUCAAGAUGAUAAAUCAUUCAUUGGCGACAUUAAUGAAAAUAUCGAUAUACAAUCUUCACAAACUAUCAUAUCAAUCAUGUUGGAUUUAGUUCAAGAGUUUGGUCAUAUUACUCCAAAUAUUCAUCCAAUUAAAAAGAUAUUAAUGGUACUUAGAAAAUCAUUAACUAUUUCAUUGGGAGGUUUUAAAGAAUUGGAUAAAUUAAAAAAAGAUAGAUUAAAGAAAUUAAAUUAUGAUCUAGAUACACCGAAAACGAGUAGUAAAGAUAUAUCAAAUUUUAUAAAGGGAACGACUAGAUUCCAUCAUUUACAUAUGGAACAUUCUAAAUUACAUCGAGUAGAAACACAUUUAUUAAAUGUAAACUCUAAAGAUACAACAAAGAAAUACGAACUAUUUAGAUUACCAAGUGCACUAUCCGACUCAUUAAAUGUAUUGGAAAAAAAUAUGUAUCCACCUCUACAAGUUGAAUUAGAGAUUGGAUAUCCUUCAAUGAAUAGAAUUGAUGAUGAUCAUUUUAAACCAAGAAUUCUACUUCAACAAGAAGAAGAAAAAGAAGAAAAAGAAAAGGAACAAGAAAAAGAAAGAGAUACAUUAUUACCAUUUGAAAAGUUUUAUAGUUUAAAUUUAAAUGAAAUGCAUAUUAUAAUAUUUUUACUUCAAAAGAUAUUAUUGGCAUGUGAACAAAAUUAUAAUGGUAAUAUAAACUUGAUGGCCGAGAUUAUUAUAGAUUCAUCACCCGGAAGUUCUGCAUCACUCGUUGAAACAAUGCAAUCAACUGUAGAUUUAUUACGUCACAAAGAAAUUAUAAUGAAAAAUAUAGUUGGUAUUUUAUUAUUACUUUUAAAACAUUCAAAAUUUAAUCAUUUAAUUCAAUUUGAUAAUUUAUCAUCAAUUAUGAUUGAUGGAAAUGGAUUAAUUUUAUUAUUUAAAUAUUUAAAUCAAGAAUCACCAGAGAAAUUCUUAUCGGCUCAUAAUUUUAUGGCAAGUGAUGAGUUUUAUCCAAUUGAUCCAAGUCUAAUCACAGCAGAGUGUUGGAGAAAUUAUUUCUCUAUUAUAUGUAUUUUAAGAAUCCUUCAAAAAUUAUCGAAAAAUUUACCUUCUAGAAUUUGUUCUAUUGCUCCUACUAAAUCUGUUAAUAUAUUAAAGAAAUGGACACAUAUUAAUCAAAUAUCGAUAAGAUUGUAUAGUUUGAAACUGAUUAAAAAUUUAAUUCCAUGGUUGGCAAAGAAAUGGAGAAUGAAUAAUAUGCGAAUCAUUACUGAUAUUUAUUUAGAGGUACCACUUCGAAUUAAUGAUAUUUGGUUAACACCUCAAAAUGAUUUACCAUCAACUGAAACAACUCAGCAAAUUGAAAUGUCAAUUCAAGAAAGAAUACAAGAAUUUCAUAGUGUAAAUUAUGAACAAUGGCAAAAUAAUUUAAAUAUGGAUUAA